GGCAGGGCUGAGGCCCCACGUCAGGGCGCGUGGGUCUGCGGAGCUGGGGUCCCCCACGAAGGGUUUACGGGACUCGCACCCGGCCUUGGCCUUGGAUGUUUAUGGGUCCGUCUGUGGGUGAGCCAGUGGGUCCCGGGGCUCCCGAGGCCUGUGCGGCUUUCAGGUCUGGGGGUGCUGCCGGUGCGCCUCUGUCCAGGGACCAGCUCCUCUGUCCCGGGUGGGUGUGGGAGGCGGACCCGGUGGGGAGAAGCGGUGGCUGCCCUGAAACCAGAGUUCCCUCUCGCGGGUACCCAGGUCUGUGUGAGGCUUCCGGCCCCCAGGCUUGGGCCUGCGCCCGGCCCACCCCGCACCCUUAGGCGUGCGCCCCCAGCCGUGCCCAGCAGGGGCGGAGGGAGGGCAGGAGUUUUCUCCGGGCGGCAGCGGAGGGCGGGGCUCCGGUGCGGGGGGGGGGGGGUCAAGGACGGGGGCGGGGCCCGAGGGCACGGCCGUUCCCCGCGCGCCCCGAUUGGUCUUCGUGUGCCGGCCCCGCCCCCGCCGUGACUCUCACACUUAAAAGCGCCACCCCGGCGCCGCCCGCGUAGCUUCUUCGCCUCAGUCAGCGGGGACCACGAGCUAGAGCCGCAGCGGGACCCGCCCGGCCCCCCGGCUCCAGCGAGCGAGCGGCGCACAGAGGCCCGGCCGCCCACGGAGCCCGGAGCCCGGCGGCCGCCGCCGCGAUGUUUCCCCGGGAGAAGACGUGGAACAUCUCGUUCGCGGGCUGCGGCUUCCUCGGCGUCUACUACGUCGGCGUGGCCUCCUGCCUCCGCGAGCACGCGCCCUUCCUGGUGGCCAACGCCACGCACAUCUACGGCGCCUCGGCCGGGGCCCUCACGGCCACGGCGCUGGUCACCGGGGUCUGCCUGGGUGAGGCUGGUGCCAAGUUCAUUGAGGUAUCUAAAGAGGCCCGGAAGCGGUUCCUGGGCCCCCUGCACCCCUCCUUCAACCUGGUAAAGAUCAUCCGCAGUUUCCUGCUGAAGGUCCUGCCUGCUGAUAGUCAUGAGCAUGCCAAUGGGCGCCUGGGCAUCUCCCUGACCCGCGUGUCAGACGGCGAGAAUGUCAUUAUAUCCCACUUCACCUCCAAGGAUGAGCUCAUCCAGGCCAAUGUCUGCAGUGGUUUCAUCCCCGUGUACUGUGGGCUCAUCCCGCCCUCCCUCCAGGGGGUGCGCUACGUGGAUGGUGGCAUUUCAGACAACCUGCCACUCUAUGAGCUUAAGAACACCAUCACAGUGUCCCCCUUCUCGGGCGAGAGUGACAUCUGUCCGCAGGACAGCUCCACCAACAUCCACGAGCUGCGGGUCACCAACACCAGCAUCCAGUUCAACCUGCGCAACCUCUACCGCCUCUCCAAGGCCCUCUUCCCACCGGAGCCCCUGGUGCUGCGAGAGAUGUGCAAGCAGGGGUACCGGGAUGGCCUGCGCUUCCUGCAGCGGAACGGCCUCCUGAACCGGCCCAACCCCUUGCUGGCGUUGCCCCCUGCCCGCCCCCACGGCCCAGAGGACGAGGACGAGGCAGUGGAGAGCGCCCAAGCGGAGGAUUACUCGCAGCUGCCCGGAGAAGAUCACAUCCUGGAGCACUUGCCCGCCCGACUCAAUGAGGCCCUGCUGGAGGCCUGCCUGGAGCCCACGGACCUGCUGACCACCUUCUCCAACAUGCUGCCCGUGCGUCUGGCCAUGGCCAUGAUGGUGCCCUAUACGCUGCCGCUGGAGAGCGCCCUGUCCUUCACCAUCCGCUUGCUGGAGUGGCUGCCCGACGUUCCCGAGGACAUCCGGUGGAUGAAGGAGCAGACGGGCAGCAUCUGCCAGUACCUGGUGAUGCGCGCCAAGAGGAAGCUGGGCAGGCACCUGCCCUCCAGGCUGCCGGAGCAGGUGGAGCUGCGCCGCGUCCAGUCGCUGCCGUCCGUGCCGCUGUCCUGCGCCGCCUACAGCAAGGCACUGCCCGGCUGGAUGCGCAACAACCUCUCGCUGGGGGACGCGCUGGCCAAGUGGGAGGAGUGCCAGCGCCAGCUGCUGCUCGGCCUCUUCUGCACCAACGUGGCCUUCCCGCCCGAAGCUCUGCGCAUGCGCGCACCCGCCGACCCUGCGGACCCAGUGUCCCCGCAGCACCCGCCCGGCCUGUCCCCUUGCUGAGCACCCGUGCUCUCGAGGCCCGGCCCGUGAUCGGGGUCCUGGGGCUGGGAGACCCCGAUCUUCUCGAGGAACCCUGCCUGAGACGCCUCCACUACCACUGUGGAGUGAGAUGAGGGGACUCACAGUUGCCAAGAGGGGCCUUUGCCGUGGGUCCCCUCGCCAGGCACUCACCAGCUGCACUGAGUGGGGAGGUUUCCACACCCCUCCCCUGGGCCACUGAGGCCCCGUGCACCUGUGCCUUAAUCUUCCCUCCCCUGUGCUGCCCGAGCACCUCCCCCGCCCCUUUACUCCCAAGAACUUUGCAGCUGCCCUUCCCUCCCCAUUUUUCAUGCCCUGCUGAAAUAUGUGUGUGAAGAAUUAUUUAUUUUCGCCAAAGCACAUGUAAUAAAUGCUGCAGCCUAGCCUCUGCCCA